AUGUUCGGCUUCCGUACCCCCGCGAAAAGCGCAGAAAACGAAACAAAAAUUAGGACCCCCCCGAGCGGAGGGGAGAGGGCAGGACCUUCUCCAAAAACAAAAGGGGCUAACAUCAGCGUUAGACGUAGUAUUGGAGAGUGGGAACAAGAACGCAGGGGAGAGGAAGGAAAUAAAGAGAGUCAGGGCACAAGGCAAACGGUAGCGGCGGCCCGCCCGAAGAGAAUGGCACUCUCCCAGCCAGUGAAGGCCACAACAUCCGAAAAGCUACUUGAGGGUGGCCUCCAAGGGACCUGCAAGCCUGACCUUAAAAGGAAGAUAUCAUGCCUCAACAGGAAAACUUCAAAGUGCCGGACGAAAAAGAUAUUCCAUAAAAUUAAGCAGGGCAAAUACGAAUGGCGCCUUGAAGAACUUGGCUUUCAGUGGCAGGAUAUCAAGCCGACACUCGGACGCGUCAGGUGCGUUUUGGAUAAGAAACCGGGAUCCAACAGGAGCAGGUCUGGAGACACG